AUGCAACCCUCGGGAUGCGAAAGACUCCCACCCCCAAGCCCGAAGUUGAAGCCGGUUCCGUCACGCCAGGCCAGCUACGGCCGCAAGUCCCAGGUGGUCGUCAACGCCUUUGAGAACGAGCUCGGCGUGCAGGACCCCGUCGGAUUCUGGGACCCGGCAGGCUUUACGGCCGAUGGUAGCGUGGAGAACUUCAAGCGCCGCCCGCAGACGGAGCUCAAACAUGGCCGCAUCUCGAUGUUGGCUACGAUGGGUUACAUCACCCCUGAGAUCACCGGCAAGUUCCCCGGAUAUCUUAGUCCAUCGGCUGGAUUGAAGUUUGCGGACGUGCCCAACGGCCUCGCAGCGAUCUCCAAAGUUCCUGCAGCAGGAUGGGGACAGAUCCUCGCGUACAUGGCCUUCUGCGAGGUUUCCCAGGACCAGUCUCCCGGCACACCA